AUGAGCGCGAGCUCUUCCUUCCGUUCUGCAGACAUCUCAAGUGCUGAGACUUUGCAGGCUAGCUAUGAUUCUAAUGGAAAUCAGAUUCUCGGGGAUCAAGGAAACAUCACGACCUCGAUGCUCGUCCUGAGCAUGUCAGUAGACUCAGACCUCAGGGUCAGAAGGCUUUCAGUCACCAACUCUUCGUCUCGUUCUUCGACACAUCUACAACAUCUACACGUUGAAGAUAACAUAGUGGCCGUAGAUGGCAUUCUUGUCAGAGGCCUGCAAGCUGGAGAGCUGGAGCAACGGCUGAGCAAAUCGUCUGUGAUCCUACGAGUUGUACGAGGGCAGAUAUCAGUGUAUGUCUCUUGUAACCUGAAGAGAAUCCCUUUGUCAUCUGAAGCGCAGCAGACGAGUCAUGCACAGGGAUCUCAGGUUGCAGGGAUAGGGAUCACUCUGCAGAGAAAUGCCGCCAACAACGAAGUGCAGAUCUCGCACGUCCAUCCAGGUGGACCAGCAAGCAAGAUCGCAGACAUCGAGGUCGGAGAUCGCGUCUUGGCUGUGGGGGCGCACAAGGUGGACGACCUUGAGAUCGAGGAGAUACGUCAACUCAUCAUCGGCCCUGAGGGGACUGAGAUCGACCUCAAGCUCGAGCGACAACCGCCGCCGCCCAGACAGGUCAAGUACAAGUUUCGUGUCAAGAUUAGGCGGGGGCUCGUUUUCAGUCAGGAUUCAACUGCGCAACAAACUUCACCACGUCUCCCGUCGACAAUUGAUUUGACUGAUCAAGAAGAGUCCAACGGAGAGUCUCGCAGGAAUAUAAUUUUGCAAUACAUCGUGAUGUUUCACGAUGGCAGCCUUUCACAGCAACGAAUUUCUAUGCAAAAACAAAAUCCGUAUACUCCAAAUCGCAAAUCUCCAACCAAGAGGAUCAGAAACAAGGCAGAAAAGGGGAAGAAUACUUCUGAUUUCUUGCCAUCGGAACCGGUUCGUUUCUACACGACAAACAGCAGAGAAUCAUCAAGAGAGCCAUCCAUGGAUCAAGGGUCGAGAAACGAGCAUGAAACAUCCUCGAAAGGUCUUGCUUCUGAAUGGGACACGAUUUUUGCCGACAUGGAGCCAGAAUCUCUGAACUUGUCAUCUUCUAUGCAAUCAACGUCUUCCCUUCAACAUUCUGAAGAAAUUUUCUGGCCUCAUGGCAGAUCUGUUUUAUUUGCUGAUAGGAGACUCGAUCCCGGCAUCUACGACUCAGAAGAUGAUUGUGAUCAGGAAGACAUGCCAGCAAUAGAAGAAUCCUUGGACCUUCAAUGGGUUCAAGUCGAUCAAGAUUCGAGCAGGGCAGAAGAGGCCUGUAACUUGCCUUUGACUUCCACUCAUACUGUCCAAGAAGAUGUGUCACUUUUCUUCCCGUCAUUUGCAACAGGUGAUCCACUUUCCACUCAAGAUUUUGGGAUCGAAAGAAGCAACUUAGAUGACAACGACGCGAUCAGCUUCGUCCCAAGAGAACCCGAACUCUACCAUGGGCAAACUGACGAAACUCUCGAGAAAGUCACGGAACUUCUUGAGAGGAUGCAAGCAAAGUUUCAAGAUAUCGACAAUCUGACUCGAAGGGUGAAGGGGACAUCUUCCUCCUUGCCGAUGUAG